AUGACGGUUGCCUCCAUUCUGUCGCAUACUGAAAGCGACAUUCCGCCGAUUGUCGAGCAGCUCAUCGAAUUUCUUGAGAAACAUGCACUGGAAAUGGAAGGAGUUUUUCGAAAAAGCGCAAAUAUUGGAAGUAUUAAGCGAUUGCAAGAUCGGAUAAAUAAAGGCGAAAAAGUGGAUUUUGAGAAUGAUGCGGAAUACAAGGACAAUGAAUAUGUGGCGUGUUUGCAUGCAUCGGUUCUUCUGAAGACGUUCUUCAGAAGUCUUGGAGAGCCGCUUACGACGAACGCAUUGUACCCGAAAUUGGCGCAACUUUCCGAUGUGCCGAAAAACGAGAAAACCGCCGCCGUCAAAGAAUUCGUCAAACUUCUGCCACGUCCCAACUAUCUCCUUCUCAAGACCAUUGUUCGAUUUUUGACUCGCGUCGCCGAGCACAGCAAAGUGAACUUGAUGAACGCCAACAAUUUGAGCGUCGUGUUCGGACCGAAUCUCACAUGGCCCACCGAUCAGCAGGUCCCAAUAUCGCAAUUGAACAACCUUAACAAUUUUUGCUAUCGGCUAAUCGUCGAUUACGACAUCAUAUUCGAUAUUUAA